UUUCUAUAUGGAUAAUAGUUGGAAUAAGGGUGAACAAGAAAAAAUGACAAGUUCUGAUACUUGGAAAUAAACUGACUCGUAUGCAAAAGGAAUUUUCUCUUAUUAUAUUCCUCGUCGAUUCAGCAAGCAGUCUUCCUUGAGUGCCACUAUGGACAAGAUGCCAAGAAUAGUAGAUAUAAGUCGAAGUAAGCCUCAGGACUUCUCCAUCGGAACCAGAGCUUAAACGACCUCGCUUAACCUGUGUUUUGGUACGAGAUAAACAACAGAGACGGAGCAUGGAAUCGUUAUGCAAUUUGUUAUCGAUUUAGAGCGAGAGAGAAAGAGAGAGUGAGCAAUGCAAAGAGAUAGAGGGAAAUGGACACUGUUAUCUUAUAGAGCAUAAGAAACAGAGCAAUUAGCAACACAGGAUCAGGUGCUGCAGCCUCUUACUUACCGUGAAAUGACAAAGAUAUCUGCUGCAUAUUACCACUCACAGCAGUGAAUGUGAAAUUGAGUUGGAAUCAUGGAAAACCUGCCAGAAAUGUCAAAUGGUAUGAGAAGUACCGAAGUGGCUGUAGUUGUUGACAGUUCCCAUAAUAUUGAUGGACAGGUGAUGGAAGACCAGAUAAGUUCUGCAGACAAAAUCACAUACGAGUCUGGAUCUGCUUCUCUGAAAUAUGUUUUUGAUUGCUGGCCUCCACAUGGUAUUGUUGGCAGGUGCCUGACAUGGACAAUAUUAGUUCUCCUAGGAUGGGGAGCUGCAAUUGCUAUCCUUGGUAUUUCAGCCCUUCCCGGUGGCAAUAUCUUCUCCAUUAUGUGUCUCUUCUGUAUUGCUUUGCUUGGAGGUCAGCUGGCUACACUAGCCAAACUUCCUUCACUGAUGGGUAUGCUGGUAGUGGGUAUUAUCCUCAGCAGUGUUCCGGGGAUCAACUAUGUGGGCAGUAAUAUAGAUAAAGAUUGGUCUGCUGCUCUUCGCAACAUUGCACUGGUGGUAAUACUUCUCAGGGCUGGCCUUGGGCUAGACCCUGCUGCACUUAAGGAGUUGAGCUUCAUGGUGCUGAGACUUGCUUUCACACCAUGCAUUGUUGAAACUAUAACUGUGGCCACUGUUACACAUCUUUUGCUUGGCUUUCCUUGGCUUUGGGGGUUAAUGCUGGGGUUUAUAUUGUCAGCUGUAACUCCAGCUGUGAUUGUCCCCUGCAUGAUAAAACUUUCUGAGGAAGGCUAUGGCAUGGACAAAGGAAUCCCAACCCUAGUGAUUGCAGCUUCCAGUGUUGAUGAUGUACUAGCAAUUUCUGGUUUUGGAGUCCUUAUGGGCAUUACCUUUGCAGAAGGAUCUCUAUGGUGGAUAAUCUUAAAAGGUCCCAUUGAAGUGGUGAUGGGCCUUGUAUAUGGACUUGGUGUUGGAGCCUUGUUAUGGGUCUUACCAAAUAUUGAGGAAAGGAAUGCACAGAACUUAAGAUUUUUCUUGCUAGCAUGUGCAGGACUUCUGGCAGUCUUUGGAAGUCAGAUGUGUUUACAGGCGCAAUUUGGAGGAGCUGGAGCUCUCGGAUGUCUAGUCAUGGCAUUUGUGGCAGGUAUUGGAUGGAGGCGGCAGGGGAUGUCAGAAGACAAUAAUCCUGUGGAUGACAAGCUGUUGAUAAUGUGGGAACUUUUUCAGCCCUUCUUGUUUUCUCUCAUUGGGGCAGAAAUACAGGUCAGUGAGCUAGACAUUGGCACUGUAGGAUGGGGUCUAGUGACGCUUGCCAUUGGCCUAGUCUUCCGCAUGACCACCUCAUUUCUUGUUGUGAUGGGUGGAAAUUUGAAUAUCAAAGAACGCUUAUUUGUGGCCCUGGCAUGGGUACCAAAGGCUACAGUGCAGGCAGCCAUUGGCUCUCAAGCUCUUGACUUUGCACAAAAAUCUGAAGCUGGACCAGAGGUAGUACGUCUAGGAGAACAGGUCUUAACUAUUACUGUUCUGGUAAUAUUGAUAACAGCGCCUCUUGGUGCUGCUGCCAUCAUGCUAUCAGCUCCUAAGUUACUCUCAAAAGGGAAGACCAAGGAUACUCUUGACUUACCUGAUGGACUGCCUGAUCCCUGAGGACUUCUCUAAUAGAUUUCUCUUCAGUGUAGAGUAGGUUGAUGUAGGUAAUUAACACAGUCAUGUUAAAAGUGCAAUAUUUUCUCACACUGUCCCUAAUUACUUUUAAUCCCUUUUAGUAUGAUUUUAAAAAAUACAAAGCAGAUGAAUAUAGAAGUAUCAGGAGUAGGUUGGAUUAAUGCUUUGAGAUUAAGAUAGUGUAGUUGCCAAUUCCAAGGUAUGGGAAGUGAAAUAUUGAGAUACUAAACUCAGCGAUAAGAUUUUGAUUAUCUAUAAUGCAUUCUUGCAGAAUCUGAUCAUUGAAUAUAACCCUCUCAAUACCUAAAGAAGAUAUUCCAUUUUAGUGUUCUUUCUUAAGCAUAGGAGAAGGUAUUGUUAGUUGAAUAAUAAUUAGUCAAAAGACUUUGUAAUAUUUUUAAUGAAUUUAUGCAUAUUGAUUAUUUGUAAUUAAAUAUGACAUUCUUGUGACUGCAUAUUUGAAUUUUAUACAAAGGUUGGUCAUAUUAAUAAAACUACUUAAGUUAG